AUUCCCAGCAAGCAGUGCGCGACGCGAGGGCGCAGGAGGAGGAGCUCAGAACUGUCGGGCCCAGCAGAGCCAGGCAGCAGCAGCCCCUGGCGCAGGUGGCCAUGGGGAAGCGUUACUUCUGCGACUACUGUGACCGCUCCUUCCAGGACAACCUCCACAACCGCAAGAAGCACCUGAAUGGGCUGCAGCACCUCAAGGCCAAGAAGGUCUGGUACGACAUGUUCCGAGAUGCAGCUGCCAUCUUGCUGGAUGAGCAGAACAAGCGGCCCUGCAGGAAGUUUCUACUGACAGGCCAGUGUGACUUUGGCUCCAACUGCAGAUUUUCCCACAUGUCGGAGCGAGACCUGCAGGAGCUGAGCAUCCAGGUGGAGGAGGAGAGGCGGGCCAGGGAGUGGCCACUAGACAUUGCUGAGAUCCCCGAGGGCCAUCUGGAGGACUGGCUGGAGAAGAGAGCCAAGCGGCUGAGCUCAGCCCCAAGCAGCAGGGCUGAACCCAUCAGAGCCACCAUCUUCCAGUACCCUGUGGGCUGGCCACCAGUCCAGGAGCUGCCUCCAUCCCUGCGGGCACCCCCACCCGGGGGAUGGCCCCUGCAGCCCAGCGUCCAGUGGGGCUGAGCCCCUUGUCUACAUCUGGUCAGCUCUGGAGUCAAUCACAAUAAAGAUAAGGGCCCCUACUGGGGAGGCCGAGCCCCCUUCCUGCUGCACCCCAUGGAGCCUCUAAAACUAUCCACCUGGUCUGGCCUCGCUGAGGUCCAGGAGUCCCCCAGCAGGUGCAGCCCUGGUCCUGGCUCUGUGCCAGGCAGCUCCCCCUCCCUCCCUCAUGGGACAUCUUGAGAAGAUGGGUGAGAAAACUUCCUUCUGGAUGUUUAUAAAGAAAGUCUGUCACCACAGUGGUGUGGCUGCACUUCCCUCUUGCCCGGGGCCCUCAGCCCCGUGCUCUGGCCCCUGGUCGGAGAUGGGCAAGGCUGGAGCAAGUUGAGGUCCUCUGCAGGGUGACCCGUGCUUGCUGCCCUUCUCCCUUGGGGGCCGGCAGAGGCCCAGCACAGCCGGGCAGCAGGUGGCUAGUGAGGCUGUGACUGUCACCCAGGUGAGAUGUAGCUCCAUAUCUGUGGAGGGGAGCUUGAGGACACGGGCUGCCAUCCCAGUCCCACGUCUGCCCAUGCUGAGCCGGUGCCCGAGUGUGAGAUGGUACAACUGGGGCAGGGAUGCAAGCUGGGUCUCCGAUCUGGGUGGUGUAGAGAAGUGGGCGACCCAGGAGGACAGGCCCUGGGCUUGAGACAGUGGCCUGGCUGAGCUUCCUGGCACUGACAGCGCUGGGCUGCGCCAGCCCCUUGGCCCAGGGGCCCUCCCAAGGCUUCUGCCCUGGAGGAGCCCCCUUGCCGGCCAGGAGAUCACACAGGCUGCUCAGGUGAUUUGGAGCCUCCAGGUCCCAGCUCUGCCUCCUUCCUCAACUGCACUCCAGUUCUAGAUUCUGUGCUGGGGUGGUGGUGGGCAAUGUGGCCCUCAGGUCACUAGGCCUCUGGUGGGGGGCCCCAGAGGGUGAGGUGGCUACAGAGCCACCUCAGAUGCCCCAUCCUCCAUGAGCUUCUGCCCUUCCUGAAAAUCCCUGUUGAUGGGGGAACUGAGGCCAAAUCUGGGGGCCCUCUGAGCCUCAGGCUCCUCUCCUGUGAAAUGGGCUGAUUCUCUGGCCCCAGUGGGUGCGUGGAGGAAGGCUGGGUUUGAAGGAGGGUCAGAGGAAGGGACUCAGCAAAAGGCCUCCUCAGGCCAUGCCAGGGAGUAGGGCCCAGGAGACCCCGGCCUCA